CCUUCUUGGAUCUCUUUGAAUGAAUCCUCAUGACUUGCGUUGCUGGUUUUAUGACAUCACUGUGAAUGAUGACAAUGGGCGCCUCCUGCUGACCAUCAGCGACAUCCAAUCUUGGCACGCCGGACCCUACCGCUGUACCAGCCUGAAUGCCACCGACAACACCACCAUCUCGGAUGAACUGGACUUGCAGAUGGAGUAUCUGCACAAGGUCUUUGUCAGCAAUUCCAACUCCUGGUGUGGUACCGUAGGGGACUCCAUAUCGGUCCUUGAAGACGACAGCCUGCAGCUUCAGUGUUCAGCGGAUGCCUCCCAGACACCGCACUACGAGUGGAUUCGAGAGGGCGAUGACUGGAUCCUGCCCUCAGGUUCCUUAACUAUCUACAAGGUAACCCAGGAGCAAGCCGGGACCUAUACUUGCCAAGCCCACCACCCAACUUUGCCACAGUUGACCAAGAGCAAAUCAAUCCGCUUGCUCGUGGAGAGCCCCAAACGCAGCUUCAGUUUUGAGUCCGUGCUGUCCCUCAGCACCCCAAUGCUGGCCCUGGCGGUGGCCCUACCAGCUGUGCUGCUGCUGCUGUUGAUUUUGGUCUUCGCUUUCCUUAUUCCCCGUCACCGGGCAGCUGCCCUGAAGAAAAUGGCUUUGGAGGAAUCUGGCCAGCGCACCCCCAUUUACAAAGGGAGCCUCGACUCUGUGCCUUCUGUUACAGACACCCAGCCUCUGGUGAUGUGAAGCAGAUACACCGGAUGAAGUGAACUUUUUCAAGAUCCAACUUUUUUUCCUGUAUUGAUUAUAGACUGGCAGCAAUAAUCCUCAGUGUACAGUAACUGGUUGUUUUUGUGUAUAUUUAGGGGAAUUGUUAUCCUGACUUUUGGGGGGACCCGUUUGGAAAAAUUGAGGGGGGCAGAAGUGAUAUCGGGGUGCCUGUGAAUCUCUCCUUUCCAGCUACAUUAGCUGCUCUUUGCCUGCCAUUCUUUCUAAGCUAAAAUACUAUUUUUUCCCCUGUGGCUCAUUUGGCCAAUAUCUACCCUGACAAACAUUAUUUCUUUCAUGUUUGGACAGAUACUGUCUCUUUAUAUUUUUUACUUUUUAACUUAAGAGUCAAUGAAUGAAGAAUAAGGCACUGGAUUAUUAUACCUUUUGUUUGUUGAAAAUAAACAAGCAUUGGCUCUUUUCUACAGU